AUGAGUUCAAAUACAACACCAGAAAAAGUCACCGCAGAGCACGUUCUGUGGUAUAUUCCCAAUAAGAUCGGAUAUGUACGUGUUAUCACCGCCGCCCUUUCUUUUUUCGUCAUGAAGAAUCAUCCAACGGCCUUUACAUGGCUGUACACUACGUCGUGUCUGCUGGAUGCACUAGAUGGGACCAUGGCCAGAAAGUACAACCAAGUGUCCAGUCUGGGUGCCGUUUUGGACAUGGUUACCGACAGAUCCAGCACCGCUGGGUUGAUGUGUUUCCUUUGUGUGCAGUAUCCUCAAUGGUGCGUUUUCUUCCAAUUGAUGUUGGGCUUGGAUAUUACUAGUCACUACAUGCAUAUGUAUGCCAGUUUAAGUGCUGGAAAGACUUCUCAUAAAAGCGUGGGCGAGGGUGAGUCCAGAUUAUUACAUCUGUACUACACUAGAAGAGACGUAUUGUUCACUAUUUGUGCCUUCAAUGAACUAUUUUAUGCUGGGUUGUACCUGCAGUUGUUCUCCAAUUCUGCGACCUUUGGUAAAUGGACUACCAUCAUAAGUUUCCCUGGUUACGUAUUCAAGCAGACUGCAAACGUUGUCCAACUAAAAAGGGCAGCUUUGAUUCUAGCAGACAACGAUGCCAAGAAUGCCAAUGAGAAAAACAAGGCUAACUGA